GUUAUGACAACCCUAGCAAACUAAUACAAAGACAUUUUGCUUUAUUUUCCAAAUAUAAAAUUGCAGCAUCACAUAUGCCUUUUCAAACUAUACAUGCCUCAGCUCCAGUUCUCCUGCGGAUUUGUCUUUUCUGACCCCACUAGUACCAUCUCCCCCCAGGAAAAUUGUUGACCUGCAGGAUAAAGAUCGAACUCCUGCGUAUGGCAUUUAAGUCCUUCCUGCCCACGCCCGUCCCCCAGUCUCCCUCACUCAUCUGAGCUACCAGUAUUUCCCCACAUCUCAGGCUGUUUUGGUUCUCCCUUCAGUGGCCAUGAAGGGCAAGGUUAGAGAGUGGGCCCUUGUGGGCCUGAUGAGGGAUUGGGUGGGAUGGCCAUAUGGAGGGAGGAUGAACAGAUGAAACUAAAGCCAAGGAGACCAGGAAGGUGCUAUAGCAACAAUCCCAACCAGAGAGACUGUGACCCGGAUUAGGGUGUGAGGGGAAGAUGGACGGAAGUGGAUAGAUUUUGGAGAUAUUUGGGAGAUAAAACUGACAGGGAUUGGGUACUCAAUAAACAUUUGUUGACUUUCCUGGCUACUCUUGCUAAAGUAAGCUCUUCUGUUUACUUCCUUCAUAGCACUUUUCACAGCCUGCAAUUACCUUGUUUAUAUACUUGCCCAUUGUCUAUUUCCAUCAAGCAGAACGUAAACUAAAUGAGGGCUACAGCCUUGAUCAGUCUUAUUCAGACAGUGCUUGGCACUUAGCAGGUGCUCUCAAUAAAUCUUUGAGGACUGAAUGGCUUAAUAAUUGAUUGGAUGGUACAGAGUGAGGGCAGAGAGGCACGAAGGACAAGAAGGCCAGGAGGAAGCCUGUGAUCCUAGGACAAACACUCCAGAGGGGUUAAGACCCCAUCUCUGUCUGUCUCUGGCUCUGGGAAGGGAGAACUUGGACCAGGGGUCUAGGAGUCCAGAUGGCCUCGGGACCACCUGCCCAAUUGUCCAUCGCUAGAUUUGAGAAAGUCCAAUUCCCAUUCUUCACUUUCUAGCCAUUUGGCUGCGGGCUUAGGGCAGCGGGUGUUUUUAGGGAAAGGGAACAGGAGACCCUGCUAGAACCUAAGAUCUGCCGCUCAAGAGUGUGGGAGUGGGUAUCAGAAGAUGCAGACAGGCGCAUAGUAAAAGCAUUGAAUGCCAAAUUCUGCUUGACCCCAAAAUUUAACAUGGCAGCCCCACCCCCACAAUGCGACCCCGCAAGCCAGGCUCAGGAGUGUGCAAUUCCUUCCAGGCCCUAAAGGGGGCAGCACUGGGCUGGGCCUGGGCGCUCUUGCCAAGAGCCUAGGAAGAGCGCACGGUCCCGCGCGCUUAAAGGGGAAAGCGAGCGUCGUGCCACUUCCCCCACAGUACAUCUAGUUACUGGGGAGGCUGCCCAGAUGCCCAGCUCCACUGCCCACUUAUGCCCAGCAUAAACCCCGAAGGACGGGGAAAGAAGGGGGCGACUGUUAGCGGGACUGUCAGCCACCAGGGCAGGGUGGUGCGGGGACGGGGAAACGGCUGGACCCUACGACCUGUUCACACCCGCACGGAGAGUGGCAGUAUAGCCUGCGUCUUUAAGCCGUGAGCAGGAGGCGGGGCCUCGAGGCGAGUCGGGUGGGAGGAGGAGCUUCUUGAUGACGUAAAGCCAGGGGAGGGGCGUGGCUUCCCUGUGACUCGCCGCCAGGAAGGGGGCGGGCUCUUAAUGACUACACGCCGGGGAGGGUGCUGGCGUUCAUUGAUAAAUACGCCCGGCUCCCUCGGGCGCGAGCGCAGCGUAGCAAAUCCAGGCAGCGCCACGCGUGGCCCGGGCCGGGCGGAAUCGAGAACAAGCCCGGCCUGCGCUGCGACGCGCCACCAGCAUGGAGCCUGCCGCCGGCUUCCUGUCCCCGCGCCCCUUCCCGCGUGCGGACGCCCCGCCCGCGCCACCCGCUGGGCCCGGGCCGCCUCCGAGUGCCAUGCCCGGACCUGAGCUGGAGAUGCUGGCCGCGCCACCGGCGCCGGACUCUGGGCGCCUCAUCACGGACCCGUGCAGCGGCCGCACCUACUUCAAAGGCCGCCUGUUGGGCAAGGGGGGCUUCGCCCGGUGCUAUGAGGCCACUGACAGAGAGACCGGCAAUGCCUACGCGGUCAAAGUCAUCUCGCAGAGCCGCAUCACCAAGCCGCAUCAGCGCGAGAAGAUCCUAAACGAGAUUGAGCUUCACCGCGGCCUGCAGCACCGCCACAUCGUGCGUUUCUCGCACCACUUUGAGGAUGCUGACAAUAUAUACAUUUUCCUGGAGCUCUGCAGCCGAAAGUCUCUGGCCCACAUCUGGAAGGCCCGGCACACCCUGUUGGAGCCCGAGGUGCGCUACUACCUGCGGCAGAUCCUUUCCGGACUCAAGUACUUGCACCAGAAGGGCAUCUUGCACCGAGACCUCAAGCUGGGAAACUUUUUUAUCACCGAGAACAUGGAACUGAAAAUGGGGGAUUUUGGGCUGGCAACCCGGUUGGAGCCCCCAGAGCAGAGGAAGAAGACCAUCUGUGGCACCCCCAACUAUGUGGCUCCGGAAGUGCUGCAGAGGCAGGGCCACGGCCCCGAGGCAGACGUGUGGUCCCUGGGCUGUGUCAUGUACACGCUGCUAUGUGGGAGCCCCCCCUUUGAGACAGUUGACCUGAAGGAGACGUACCGCUGCAUCAAACAGGUCCACUACACGCUGCCCGCCAGCCUCUCACUGCCUGCGCGGCAGCUCCUGGCCGCCAUCCUUCGAGCCUCGCCCCAAGACCGCCCCUCAAUUGACCAGAUCCUGCGCCAUGACUUCUUUACCAAGGGCUACACCCCCGACCGGCUCCCUGUCAGCAGCUGUGUGACAGUCCCGGACCUGAUACCCCUUAAUGCAGCUAAGAUUUUGUUUGUCAAAGUCACUAAGAGCCUCUUUGGCAGGAAGAAGAACAAGAGUAAGAACCAUCCUGAGGAGCGGGACGAGGUGUCCUGUCUGGCGAACGGCCUCACUCGGACAUCCAUUGGCCAUCAGGAUGCCAGGCCCGAGGCUCCAGCAGCUUCUGGUCCAGCCCCCGUCAGCCUGGUAGAGACAGCACUUGAAGACAGCUCACCGCGUGGGACAUUGGCGAGUAGUGGAGAUGGGUUUGAAGAAGGUCUGACUGUGGCCACAGUGGUAGAGUCAGCCCUCUGUGCUCUGAGAAACUGCCUGGCCUUCAUGCCCCCAGCGGAACAGAACCCGGCUCCCCUGGCACAGCCAGAGCCUCUGGUGUGGGUCAGCAAGUGGGUUGACUACUCCAACAAGUUUGGCUUUGGAUAUCAGCUGUCCAGCCGCCGUGUGGCUGUGCUCUUCAACAAUGGCACACACAUGGCCCUGUCAGCCAACAGAAAGACUGUGCACUACAACCCCACCAGCACAAAGCACUUCUCCUUCUCCGUGGGUGCUGUGCCCCGGGCCCUGCAGCCUCAGCUGGGUGUCCUGCGCUAUUUCGCCUCCUACAUGGAGCAGCGCCUCAUGAAGGGUGGAGAUCUGCCCAGUGUGGAAGAAGUGGAGGUGCCUGUCCCCCCACUUCUGCUGCAGUGGGUCAAGACUGACCAGGCCCUACUCAUGCUGUUUAGUGAUGGCACUGUCCAGGUGAACUUCUAUGGAGACCACACCAAGCUGAUCCUUAGUGGCUGGGAGCCUCUCCUGGUGACUUUUGUGGCCCGCAAUCGCAGCGCCUGCACUUACCUCGCCUCCCACCUUCGACAGCUGGGCUGCUCCCCAGACCUGCGGCAGCGGUUGGGCUAUGCUCUGCGCCUGCUCCGGGACCGCUGCCCAACCUAGGCCCCAACCCGCAGAGCAGGCCGCCACCCGAGCCCUCGGGCCUGAGGCCUGUGCCUGUGGGGCUCUGGCCCUUGCCUUUAUGGCCCUCCCUGUCUCUUUGGUGCCUCACUGGGGGCUCUGGGCCAAAUCCCCCAGGAAAUCAGGGACCAGCUUUACUGGGGUUGGAGGCUACCUGUCCUAACUGCGUCCAACCCCUUCUCCAAGAAAAACCUGAGCCUUAGCCCCCAGCUAGGGGGCGUUAUUUAUGGACCACUUUUAUUUAUUGACAGACAUUUAUUUAUUCAGAUGGGGGCCCCAGGGAAGGCUUUUUCCUGGGAGAAUAAACGGUUUUGCAGAA